CGGGCCGGGGGCAGCUCCGCUGAGGCAGGAUGUUCACGUCCAAGUCCAACUCAGUGUCGCCCUCGCCGUCCCUGGAGCAGGCUGACUCGGACGCGCUGGACAUCAGCACCAAAGUGCAGCUCUACGGCGUGCUGUGGAAGCGGCCCUUCGGGAGGCCGUCCGCCAAGUGGUCGCGGCGGUUUUUCAUCAUCAAAGAGAGCUUUCUUCUUUACUACUCUGAGAGUGAAAAAAAGAGCUUUGAAACCAAUAAAUACUUCAAUAUACAUCCUAAGGGUGUCAUCCCUCUGGGGGGCUGCCUGGUGGAGGCCAAAGAAGAGCCCAGCAUGCCCUAUGCCAUGAAAAUCUCCCACCAGGACUUCCACGGGAACAUCUUGCUGGCUGCUGAGUCGGAGUUCGAGCAGACCCAGUGGCUGGAGAUGCUGCAGGAGUCUGGGAAGGUGACCUGGAAGAACGCCCAGCUGGGAGAAGCCAUGAUCAAAAGCCUGGAGGCCCAGGGGCUGCAGUUGGCCAAGGAGAAGCAGGAGUACUUAGACAAACUGAUGGAAGAGACCGAAGAACUCUGCCUUCAGAGGGAGCAGAGAGAGGAGCUUGAGCGCCUUAACCAGGUGCUGGAGGCUGAGAAGCAGCAGUUCGAGGAGGUCGUGCAGGAGCUGAGAGUGGAGCAGGAGCAGAUCAAGAGGGAGCUGGAACUAACUGCAAGAUGCCUCAAGGGUGUAGAGCAAGAGAAAAAGGAGCUGAGGCACCUCACAGAGUCCUUGCAGCAGACGCUGGAGGAGCUCUCCAUAGAGAAGAAGAAAACUCUGGAAAUGCUGGAGGAGAAUGAGAACCAGCUGCAGACACUGGCCAAUCAGAACGAGCAGCCCCCUCCCAGGGGGGGUCUCCAUAGCAACCUGAAGCAGAUCGAGGAGAAGAUGCAGCAGCUCUUGGAGGAGAAGCUGCUGGCAGAGAAGCGGAUGAAGGAGAACGAGGAGCGCUCGCGGGCCCUGGAGGAGGAGCGUGAGUUCUACUCCAGCCAGUCCCAGGCGCUGCAGAACUCGCUGCAGGAGCUGACGGCGCAGAAGCAGCAGGCCGAGCGGGAGCUCAAGGCUGAGGUAAAGGUCCGCAUGGGCCUGGAGAGGCGUCUGCGGGAGGCAGAGGGCGCCUUGCGGAGCCUGGAACAAGGGCUCAGCUCCAAGGUGCGGAACAAGGAGAAGGAGGAGAGGAUGCGGGCUGAUGUGAGCCAUCUGAAAAGGUUCUUCGAGGAGUGCAUCCGGAACGCGGAGCUGGAGGCCAAGAUGCCUGUCAUCAUGAAGAACUCCGUGUACAUCCACAAGGCCGCCACUCGUCGCAUCAAGAGCUGCCGCUUCCACCGGCGCCGGUCCAGCACCUCCUGGAAUGACAUGAAGCCGUCCCAGUCCUUCAUGACCUCCCAGCUGGAAGCCAACAACAUAGAGGAGCUGAAGGAGGUAGCCAAGCAGCUCAGCCGAGACCAGCGCUUCCGGGAAUCCAUCUACCAUAUCAUGGCCACGCAGCCUGGACCAGCCUCAGUGCUUCCCCGGGGCGGGAAGUGAGGGGCUCUCCUCCCCUGCAUCCAAAGUCUUUCCACCAUGGGGGCCGGGGAGAGGCAGGCCUGACUCUUACCUGGCUCCUCUCCGCUCUCCUCUGGGCCAGAGUGCUGCCUGGGGGCCAGCCUCACCCUCAAAGGACAGGGAGGCCACCUCCCUCAUCCCCACCCCAGACCCUACCCUUGGGUCUACACUGGGCCUGUGUCGGCCCAAGCUGGGUGCUGCCUGGUUGUCAUGGUGAGGAGAGGAAGGGGCCUAGCUGUAUGUGGGACUUUUUCUGGUUGGCAAGUGGGAUGGGCAGGGUCCACGGCCCUCUGUGGAGCGGAGCCCACUGUACCUCUCUGUCACUCUGACACUGCCCAUCCUCAUGUGUGAAGGCCUCCCCUCCCCACCUUGACCCCUGCAUCCCCUGGGGUUCCUAACCCUCUCUUUGCUUCAGAGACCCAUGGACAUCCCUCAGCCAAGGCCCCUCACCUUGACCACAUCGUGGGGCAGGGAAGAAGGGAACUAGCACAGCAGCUUCUGGGCUCUCUGCACACCACACUCACCAGGGUACCACCUUUCCUGAGGUUGGGCCUUGGCGUGGGACCACCUGCUCACUCCCCUCCUCGGGUGAGCUCACCCACCUGCAGCCUCAGCACCCUAUGGGGGUGGUGUGACCCCCCCCAACCCCGCAUCCCUCCUGCAUAUGUACCUAGGGCCCUGGAUGGGAGCUGGGGCCAGCAGCGAUGCUGAGGGCUCUCCCAGAGGACACGUAGCAAGUCAGGGAGUGGACGAAGGUGCUCCUGGCUCCUGCAUCAUCCUCUGGUUAGGCAGCAAGGCAGCUCCCUUUGGCUAUAGUGGCCCUGCUGGUCCGUGGGCUCACAGAUGUCUCCCUCUCAGCUGCCCCUGCUUCCAUUGCCUUGCUGCCCCCUCUCCCUGAAGAGGCUUUACCCAGGGAGGCAGUGUGACCAUGAACCUGGAAGAUGGGGGCCUGGACCUGUGACAAGACCAGAAGCCAUUGGUUGGCUCCAUGUCCUCAGGGGGAAGCUGAAACGCCUCUGUGCAGCUUGUGUGGAAGACCACCCUGUGGGAGGCUGAGGGCAAGGGGGUGUUCCCCACCUGUGAACAGACAGACAGCCCUGCUCUUCUCCCUUGAAUUCCUCCCUCUGAAACUGCCUGAGUCUGUUUGUCUCCCCAGAAAAGGGGUCUACCUGGGAUCAGGGUGCUCAGGGACACUGGUGGUAUUAAAGGUGCUGAUUCUCUGCUGCUUGGAAAGCUGAGCGAGGAGCCCAGUCUGAGAGCUAGACAGAUGGCUGCAGGGCAAGUCCCAGCAGAGGCCCCUGGGGGCCUGCCGCCUGUUCUGCAGGAAGAGGAGUGUUGCUGACUUAAAGCAUGUGCGUGUCUACUGCGGGGCCAGCUACCAUGCAGGGCUGCCCGCCUGUGGGCUCAGGGCUGCCUGGUGACACUAAUCUCCACGGUCCCUUCUCAGUGGUGGGUGAACUUUGCUGGCUUCAGCCAGUCUCCGCGGAGUCUAGGAGGGGCAAGGGGGGAGGCGCCUCAGAAUCAAUGCAUCUGAGAGGGAUGAAUCUAAAUCUAAAAGCUUUAAACAUGUAGAAAUCUGCAUAAAGCCGGAACUCAUUGAUCUAAUGUGUGUAGGAUGGACUUUGAAAUGAAGGGGAAGAUUUAUAAAACCAAUUACUGUUUUAUUUUUUGUUUCUUUUUAAAGAAUUAGAUUAAUAAUAGUUUGCUCUUGGAGAAAGAUCUUUUGGAAAUUUUCAAAUGCAUUUUUUUUUCCUGAGCAAGCUAUUAACCAGAAAGGAAAGUGCUUUUCCAUGUGCAUUCACCAAUCCCUGGUUCCUUUUCUCCUAUUUCAUCCUGUAUUUUCCAUGCCUCAGGCAAGUCGGGUUAUCUUUAACCAGUUGACCAAUCUGUAAGUAUUUAUUUGUUAAAAACUCACUAUGUACACUGUAAAUAGAAAAAAGCAACAUCUCUAUAUAAAAAUGAAGGGGUGGAAAUUGCUUACUGGAAAUAUAUUGAUCUGAUUUUUUUUUUUAAACAAAACCCUUGUUUCUUGGCCAAUUAAAUCUCUUUCCUGCA